CACAGCCACUAUGAGGUGUAUGCAGUCAUCACUGGCCAGCUUCCUGACACGUCAGUCAUACUCUCGGAGCAAACCGACACCUCAUACGUUACCUUUGCUGGACGGGCCAGCUCGGGUCUGUCGCAGCAGAUCACGGUAGGCACCGGCGUCCCUGGAGACGUGACUCUAGCUAACGGCCAGCAAGUGAACUAUGACAACCGACGUGUCAGUCUUGGAGCCAACUAUUACUUCUUCGUUCGACUCUACAGCAGUCAAGUAGGAUGCAACAAGAUUUAGUGAUAGCGAACCUGUCCCACCUCCAGUUG